CAAAAAAAAACGUAACUUAAAUUUUAAAAAUGAGCAAACAUUCCGUUCCAUUCGAGCAGAAGGAUGAAGAUGACAACGAGCCAGAGCAGAAGUACGCCCGCCUGCUGAGCCCGGCUGGUAGUCUGGACCUGCACAAUGGAAAGUGGUCAUUAGGGGAGGUGGAACACUUCCUGAGCAUAAUCAACCAGUUGAAGUUGCAAAAGCCGCUUGGGAGAAAGCGCAACGCAGAGGUCUUUAUUCUGAUCUCCAAGAAAAUGGAAAAACAGCUCGGCUCCGCCAAGACUCCCGACCAGCUGAGAAUCAAGUACAGGGUUUUGAGGCGGCAGUAUUUCCAGGCGAUGCUUAGCGGCAAGCAGUGUCAGCACUUUGAGGCACUGCACGAGCUUCUCCAAGGAUGCCGGGACAAGUAUCCAGAGACUGACAGCAAUCUCAGCAGCUAUGGUGAAGAAAUCGUGACUGAUGGAGACGAUGCAUCGUCGUCGAUGCCCAGCAAUGUCCGCUGCAAGUGGGUGGACGGCGAGGUGGAUGUCUUCUUGGACCUCAUUACAUCCAUGGGCCUGCAGGCGGCACUGCUGCGCAAGCGGAACGCAAAAGUUUUCAAGCUGCUCUCCAAGGAAAUGGCCAAAAGACAAUACAAUAAAGGCCCGGACAAGCUGCGCAUCAAAUUCCAGCUGCUCAGACGCCUGUACAACAAGACCAAGAACGGAGGCGACACCUUCGAGUAUUUCGAAGCCAUGCGAAAGCUACUUGAUCCCACAGAAGAGGAGCUAGCAGCUGUGGAUGCGAAACCCAUAUUAAGCAGUGGCAGCGAUAGUGAAUCCAACGACAGCGACGACGAGGACGGUGACAUUUCGCAGCGUGGGGGAGCCCACUUUUGGACAGACGAGGAAGUGGAUGCCUUUCUGCUGAUUAUCAAGGAGAACGGCUUCUUCCGCGCCCUAGAUGGCUCUAAGAAGCGCAACUUCAAGACCCUGGUGCACAUCUCCAAUAUUCUGGCCAAGCAGUCCUUCAAGCGAACGCCUCACCAGCUGCGCAACAAGCUCCGCCUCCUCAUCAAGCGCUAUCGCGAGGCCAAAAAGGAUGGCCUCAGCCAUGUCCGCAUACUGCCCCGUCACUUCCAGCUGUUCGAUGAACUAAUCAACGCCCCCAAGGGGCUCGGGCGUCACAGCGCCCAAAAGCCAGCCCGCUCUGCUCCAGAUCCCGCUGCUGCUGACCCCGAAUUCCUCUCGGACAGUGACAGCGAGAGUUCCACCUCCAGCUGUGACCUGCUGAGGGCAGCCGGCGAGAGCGACGACUACGAGGAUGCCUUCGAGAUCGCCGCCGAGCCCACGCCCCUUGAGGUGCUCACGUCGAUGAACGAGGGGCAGAAGAAGCUGGUGGAGUAUCUCAAGCAAUCGAACGAUGCGUUUCUCAGGCAGCAGAGAGAUAUGCAGAAGGUAUUCCUUCAGGAUGUUACGGAGCUUAUGCGGCAGGAACGGGAGGAGACUAUUCGCCGGAUAUCAGAACUGCUGGGUCCCAAACAUCCGAUCUGAUGAGAUGAGAGAAAAGG